CGUGCCGCGAAGUCAGCACAGCACAGUUUUUGUUGCAGCUGCGACCGAAUAAUUGGCUUCACAGCAGUUAAAAUUCGUAGUGAAAAGUGAACUCCACCUGAAAAAGGACUCUCCAACGAGCCACCGAAGAACUAAAGUGCAAUUAAGAACAACAAACUCCUGAGGAAAAGGAGCAUCCAAGGAAGGACCCAAACCAUAUUUGGGAAAAGACGAAGUUGGAGCUGAACUGCCAAUGAAAAGACUGAACUGAACUGAAGACAUCAACCGAGGACCAAACGAGGAAAUGUUUUAGGAGCAGCAGCUGCACCACUGCGAUAAGGGAAGAGCCGCACUAACCCCAUCAUUAACAUAAACAUCGGCCAGACGAAGUCGCAAUGUUUCUGCCCGUGAAAUCAAAUCAUACUGGCGAGGCCAGUGGGAACAACGAGGAUGUCACCACCACCAGCAACAACUCCACGCAAACGCCCAGCGAUCUGAGCCCACCGGGACCCAACGAAGAGGUCCUUCCCCAGGCGCACCACCAAAAUCCAGGCCACUGCAUCGCCUCCUUCGCAGCCAUCAACCAGAUGAGGAACAAUGCGCAGCUCUGCGAUGUUCGCCUGGAGGUGGGCGGCGACACCAUCAACGCCCAUCGAGUGGUCCUGGCAUCCGUGUCGCCCUAUUUCUAUGCGAUGUUCAACGACGACAUGCUGGAGCGAACCCAGGGACUGGUUCGCCUGCACGACGUGGACAGCUCAGCGCUGCGGCAGCUGAUCGACUACACCUACACCGGCGAGAUCACGAUCACCGAGCAGAACGUGCAGGUGCUGCUGCCGGCCUCCGGAUUGCUGCAGAUGCACUCCGUGCGGGAUGCGUGCUGCAAAUUCCUGCUGCGCCAGCUUCACCCUUCCAACUGCCUGGGCAUCCGCAGCUUCGCGGACGCCCACUCCUGCAAGGAGCUCCACACGCGAUCCCACAAGUACGCCCUGCAGAACUUCCAGCAGGUGGUGGGCACCGAGGAGUUCCUGCUACUGCCCUUCGAGGAGGUUCGCGAGCUAAUCUCCAACAGUCAGCUGAAUAUUAGCUCCGAGGAGCGAGUCUUCGCCGCCGUCAUUAACUGGGUGAGACACGAUCUCGCCACCCGGAGGCUCCACAUUGCCGAGCUGAUGUCCAAUGUCCGGCUUCCACUUGUCAGCCGGGACUUCCUUAUGAGCUGCGUGGAAACGGAGACUCUCAUGCGCGAUGACUCCGAAUGCAAGGAACUGCUCUUGGAGGCCAUGAAGUACCAUCUGUUGCCCGAGCAGCGCAGCAUAAUGGGCAGCCAGAGGACCCAGGAGCGUCGUCCGGAGGGCAUGAAGCCCUACGUAUUCGCGGUCGGAGGAGGCAGUCUCUUCGCCAUCCACAACGAGUGCGAGGUUUACAAUCCUCGGUCAAACUCCUGGAGUCCAGUGGCUCCCAUGCUGUGGCGGCGAUCCCGAUCCGGAGUAACGUCUCUUCACAAGCAGCUGUAUGUGGUCGGAGGCUACGACGGAGUCAGCGAUCUGGCCACGGCGGAGAGCUAUAAUCCGUUGACCAACAAGUGGACCAACAUAACUCCUAUGGGUACAAAACGCAGCUGCUUGGGAAUCUGCUCCUACGAUGCUUUGAUCUACGUUUGCGGUGGCUAUGAUGGCGCCUCCUGCCUUAGCAGCAUGGAGCGCUAUGAUCCGCUGACCGGGAUCUGGAGUUCCUGUCCGGCCAUGAGCACGAGGAGAAGGUAUUGCAGGCUGGCCGUGCUGGAGAACUGCAUCUACAGCUUGGGCGGCUUCGAUUCCACCAACUACCAGUCGAGUGUGGAGCGGUUUGAUCCGAGGGUGGGUCGCUGGCAGCCGGUGCCCAGCAUGACGGCCCGCAGAAGCAGCUGCGGAGUGGCCUCCACCGAUGGACACCUGUACUGCAUCGGUGGUAAUGACGGCACCAUGUGCAUGUCCAGCGGAGAGCGGUUUAAUCUGCGCAGGAACAGCUGGGAGCCCAUUGCAGCCAUGCACUCUCGCAGAUCCACCCAUGAAGUGGUCGAGGUGGAGGGGGCUCUCUUCGCCCUUGGCGGCAACGAUGGCAGCUCCUCGCUGAACUCCGUGGAGCGCUACGAUCCGCGGCUGAACAAGUGGAGUGUGGUCAACGCAAUGGUGGCCCGUCGCAGCUCUGUGGGCGCAGCUGUCCUGGAAUGCUUCCAUCUGGAGCGCGGACUGGUGCAGACGACGAACUUAUGACCCUUGGCCAGCAUAACGGAGUCCUUCGCCGCAGCUGCAGUCAGCGGCAGUAGCAACUGCAGCAGCACCAUCAAUGGGAUUGGAUCCGGAGCAGCGGUACCUCCAUCAACGGGGGCGGGUGGCACCCUAACCGUUCCGAGUCGAGCGGAGGCGGCUGCCUUCACGGCCAACAUUGCGCUGAGUAGUUCUGCUCCUUCGGCCAGUUCCACACUGCGUCGCCAUCGGCGGGACACUCCCGGCCUGGCCGAGAGCCGUAGGGCCAACAGCAAUGCCAGCAGCAGUGGCAGCGAGAGCGGGAGCGGCAGCAGCAGCGGAGCCAGCGCAUCCGGAGGAGGAAAGCCACCGGCGACGGCCUGAUCCUGGUCCAUGUCGCGUCGCUUUUAAGCCACCCUACAAAUUAACACUUUCAUACAAAGCUAACCCCACGCGCCUACUGCAGGAAUUUGAUUGUUCGAGUUCGUUAUGAAUAGAUAUAGGAAUAUUAAUAGGAUUGGGAGGAGGCCCCGGGCGGUCGUUCGAUUGCUCAACCAAGGAUGAACAUCAACCCCAUAACACACACGUUUCUAGUCAAGAUCUCUCACACACUUAAUGGGAAUGCCGCGGGGGCGAGGACACACCUCCUGGAGAAGCAACCUAAUCUGCCUACAAUUUACAUACAUAAACCUCUAUACACUUAAAUUAUAUACUGUAUACACUCUUAUGUACUAUUCUUAUGUAUUUUAUACACGCAAUUAAAUCGAUAAGUCAGUGUUUCGUAA